AAUGUAUUAUCCUUAGCCCUAUUAUCCUUAAGUAUAUCCAUAAUAUAGGUAUUAACCCUAUGGUGUACGUCCUUAAGUACCAUAGUAAUGGAGACCACCUGUUUAUAAUGCUCCACAAUAUCCAUAUCCAGGAUUAAGAAUACCCCCGCCAACAUAUCCAUACAAUCCAUACACUUCAUCUAUCAUACCACCUACAUACCAGCCCUAACCUAUGUUAAGCUAAAUUAUGGCUUCUCCUUAACGAUAAUUCUAAUCCCCCGAUCGUUUGAAAGGAGCUUAGUCACCCAGUAGGAACAUGUUGAUGCAAUCUCAACAAGUUCCAAAAUCACCAGCUCCUCAGUUGCAAUCCCCAAAUAGAUAAUAUCUUACAUAUGAAUAAGUACAAGAACGCAUACGUAAUGCCUAACAGUAGCAACCUCAACCACCUCAAAAUCAAAAAUAAUGUUUAUUGUAUAUCAACUACAUUAGAUACACCAUAACCCAAGCCAAACUAAUAAAAAUAACAACCCGUGGCAUCUAAAUAAAAAUAAUAGCCCACCUAACCACCUAAGAAAGAAGAUGAUUUGGAUAAGAGAUACUAAAAUGCUCUCAAAAGCACAGAAGAAAUAAUAAAAAAGUAUUAAAUGGAUGAUUCCGGUAGUAAAGGUCGUUAAACUAAUUAAGAAAACCAAGAAGCAGAAGAUGGUGAACUCUAAGGUACAAAAUAAUAAUAUUUUUAGAGUUGGCAUUGUAAUAUGAAGAUGGUUUUAUUUAUAGAGGAUAGGGUUAUCCUCCAUAGACCAGAAGUGGAUUUGGUAUUUUAACAGAUUCUGAAGGACAAUAAAUAUAUGCUGGGUAUUGGAAAGAUAACUUAUAUGAUGGAUAAGGAAGAUUGACAAAUCUUCAAACUGAAGAAUUGACAGAACCAAUUGAUUGGAAUAAUAUGACAACUAUUGGCAAUGGAUGGGCAUCUUAUGAAGGUAAAAUAUAUAUAUAUUAUAUAAAUUAGGAAACUUUUGCCAAGGUAAAAUGCAUGGAUAGGGAACACUUAUGUUAACAAAUAAUGAAUAAUAUUUUGGAGAAUUUGAAGAUGGAAUGGUACAUGGUGAUGGAGAAUUCACAAAUCUUGAUGGAUAAGUCAUUAAAGGUAAAUGGGAUUAAGGAUACUUAAUUUAAUUAUCAGAAUAAGAAUGAAA